AUGCAGGAGAGCGCGUAUGUUGCCGGCGAUAUAGUUCGGAUCCAGCUGGCCGAUUCGAAUGGAAAAGGCCCAGUUACAUAUGGAAUGGCGUGGCCGUCGUUUCUGGGCGAAGUUGACGAGGUUCAGCUGUCGAGCGUGGCCAUGAUAAACUGCCAAGCGCAAGUCGGAGCUCGGUUGCUGGUAGAAAAGAUUGGUGAUCAGCCAACGGAGGCAAAGACAGUGAGGGUUCAAUUCGCUACACCGAUGUCGUCAGAUGAGUUUACAAAGAUUUAUGCAAAGGAGGUGCUCGUUGACGUGGGGUGCAUUACGCCAGACCAGCUAGUUGAUAUCAUGGUCAAUGGACAGAAUCGCCGGAUUCGUAUUAUCGGCAUCGAAGCUGAGUCAGGCAGCAUGCUUUCAGCAGGCGAUCCGGCCAUUGUGUCGCGCGACAAAACUCGCGUCAUUGUAGUCAAAGAGUCUGAGAGCACCAACAGGGAAGCACAGUCCGUGACAUACGAUGCAAUUGGCGGGCUCGAUAAGGAGGUGGCUGAGGUGCGGCCAGUAGUUGAGACAUCGCUGCAGGAACCCGAGAUAUUUGCCGAGUACGGGCUGCAGCCACCCCGCGGGGUUCUUCUUUUUGGGCCGCCAGGCACAGGCAAAACGCUGAUCGCACGCGCAGUGGCCGGCGAGACACAGGCGUUUGUGCACGUCAUCAACGGCGCGGAGAUAACAAACAAGUACUACGGCGAGACCGAGGCGCGGCUACGUGAGAUCUUUGAUGAAGCGCGUAAACAGAGUCCCAGCAUUAUUUUCAUUGACGAAAUCGAUGCACUAUGUCCUAAGCGCGGCGACAGCGAGGGAGAGGCAAGCAAGCGGGUGGUGGCGACUUUGCUGACCUUGAUGGACGGUGUAUCGGAUCGUGUCAAUGAUCGGCUGGUGGUCAUUGGUGCAACAAACCGGCCAAAUGCCGUUGACUCGGCGCUGCGCAGACCAGGCCGAUUCGACCGCGAGAUCGAAGUGCCCAUUCCCAGUCCUGAAGCACGGCUGCAUAUUCUCCUCAAGAAGCUUGGCAAGACACCCAAUUCUCUGACAGAGGAGCAGGUGGAGUCUCUGGCGGCUAGCACACAUGGGUUCCAGCCAUCAAUUGCCAUCAAGCGACACACGUCUUCAGAUCCGGCAUCCACUACAGAAUCCCUUGAAGUUGCCAACGAUGAUGUUGUCGCUGCGUCACGGCUAAUCAAGCCCAGCACCAUGCGCGAGGUGACGCUAGAGAUCCCCAAUGUCAAGUGGAGCGAUAUUGGCGGACAGGAAGAGACAAAGCAGCUGCUGAAGGAGUCGGUGGAGUGGCCGCUGAAGCACCCAGAGGCAUUCCAGCGCAUGGGAAUCCGCCCGCCCAAGGGUACACUGACUGCCAAGGCACUGGCGACCGAGGCUGGUCUCAAUUUUAUUGCAGUCCGCGGACCCGAAUUGUUCAGCAAGUGGGUGUUCCGCAAGGCACGGGCUGCCGCGCCGUCGAUUGUUUUCUUUGAUGAAAUCGACGCACUGACAGUCAAGCGCGGAUCGUCAGGAGACGGCACGUCGGUUGCUGACCGCGUCUUGUCGCAACUAUUGACCGAGCUUGAUGGCAUCGAGCCACUGGUCAACGUCACUGUGGUAGCGGCAACCAACCGCCCAGACGUCAUCGACGCUGGCAUUUUGAGACCAGACCGCAUCGACCGACUUAUCUAUGUCGGUCCACCAGACCAGGCGACGCGAGCCGAGAUUCUGAAGCUGCAGUUCAAAAAGAUUGCCUGCGCAGAUGAUGUCAAUGCGGAGAUGGUCUCACUGUGCCAGGAGGCUGCCAUGGAGGCGAUGACAGAGAAUGUGGAUGCCGACUGUGUCGAGAUGAAGCACUUUGACAAGUGCCUGCGUGGAUUCAAGAAGCGCAUCACACCUGAAAUGCUCCGGUUCUACGCCGAUUUCAAGAAGAAGCAGUAG